AUGCCAGAGAGACGCCUGUCGCGUCUGCUCAAGGCCAAGCUGCUACGACGAUCCUCGACGCCCACCGUUCCAAAAACGGGCGACGGGCCCGAUCCGCGAGCCCACCAACACCAUCUCCCAAAUCCAACUCCUCACUCGCCUUGCACUCCGCACCUCUCCGAUUCCGCCAGCGACAGGUCUCCAUAUAGUGUCAUCUCCUCGGCCCUCGAUCGCUCGUUCGAUGAUAUAGCCUCUGGUCCAGGCUCUCACCUUCACGAGGAAAACGCCUCCAGGACUUCCAAGAUUCGGGCCGAGUCCCAGCCAUCCACCCGUCGUUCAUCGCAUCAGGAUCAUCCGGCGCAGCAUCGCCACACGCCAGAGCAACCGACCGCAUCCUCAUCACCAUCACUACCUCCUCCGCCAUCGAUCUCAAUCAGUUCUCCGGUACAUACUCCCAUCUCUGAAGAAAACUCCACUUCGGACGAGGCUCCUCCGCUACCCACGCCUCAGCAAUCCGACGGUACGCCGACUCCGUCGUCCAAGACGAAAGCUUCCGAGUCAACCACACCGGAGGAUCAGGCGCCCUUCACCGUGGAUACCGUGGCCGAGAAAAAUUCCAGCGCGGAUCGCCGUGCGACCACGCCGCUGUCUCCCCCUCCAUCGGCGACCAAACCUCCAAGCAUCGCCAUCCGCCGCCAGUCUUUUCUCCCCGCAUCCCAUCAGACCUUGAUCAAGGAAGUCGUGGAUCCAGGUCUACGUGCACCCUCGCGUGGUCACAGCACCAGGCACACGCCUGUAGCUGUCGCCGACAUGGUUCAACGCCGGAUCUGGGUGAAACGGCCGGGCGGCUCAGCGACUCUGGUGCCCUGCCUGGAGGACGCAGUGGUUGACGAAUUACGAGACCAAGUCAUCCUGAAGUACGCCAAUUCCCUCGGCCGGUCAUUCGAUUCUCCCGACAUUGUCAUCCGAAUCGUAGCGCGCGAGAGCUCGAACCGACAGCAGACGCCGGAGCGAUUACUGAGCCCCGAGGAGACGGUUUCCUCAAUUCUAGACAAAUACUUUCCGGGAGGCCAGGCCAUCGAAGAAGCACUACUGAUCGAAGCGCCCACACGCCGCACUCCCAAGCCAUCCCCGCGUCCCGUCUACCUGCCACAUCACUCUGAACCGGGCGAACAUGGCGACUAUUUCCCACUUAUGCCGGUCAAUCCAAACAGCCACACCCCGCCCACUCAUCCGGCCAGCUCAGGCGGCUCCAGUGCCCCGGCAAUCUCUAUUCUGACCACCGGUGUUCCCCCUACAUUGCCCUCACCCGGAACGCGGGCGGGGAGACAUCAUCGCCGUCCACCUCUCAACCGACACACGACCAACUCACCCACAAUUAUAGGCGCAAAUGGCGCCGUGACAGAUAAUGGCCUCGCUGCUCAUUCUCAGCCGCCUCCCUCGGUACCGGCGCAGCCCACGCCACCCGUGGUCGCUGCAGACUCCCCCCAAGCAAAGACACACACGCCGCCAGCACCGGUCGCCUCUCCACGCUCCUUCCGGAAACCCAAAGGAGCUGCAUCACCGGGGGCGGCAUUUGGCGGUCUGAUUGAGGGUACCGUACCACCUAUCAACGUUCUCAUCGUGGAAGACAAUAUCAUCAAUCAGAAGCUUCUGGAGGCCUUUAUGAAGCGACUCAGUGUUCGCUGGAAGUGUGCCGCUAAUGGUGAAGAAGCGGUCCGCAAGUGGCGCCAGGGCGGUUUCCAUCUGGUGCUGAUGGAUAUUCAACUGCCUGUUAUGAAUGGAUUGGACGCGACCAAAGAGAUCCGCCGCCUUGAGCGGCUCAAUGGAAUCGGUGUCUUCCCCAAAACUGCGUCUGGACGUUCUAGUGUCUCCAGUACUGGAUCCUUGGACAAACGUCCGGGACUGCAGCGAUCUGUGAGCGAGGACGACACCCUCGGGGAUCUCUCUCUUUUCCGCAGCCCCGUGAUUAUCGUGGCCUUGACGGCUAGCAGCUUGCAGAGUGACCGUCAUGAGGCGUUAGCAGCGGGAUGUAAUGAUUUCCUCACCAAGCCGGUUGGCUUCCCUUGGUUGUCACAAAAAGUCACCGAAUGGGGCUGCAUGCAAGCUCUCAUCGACUUUGAUGGCUGGCGCAAGUGGCGCGGCUUCCAAGACUCUCCACGAUCGGCCUCUCCCAACUUUGACAGCGCCGCCAGUCCGAUGCAGACUGGAAAUCAUAAUGAAACCAACACGAAAAUUGACCCACAGUCACCCUCUACCACUCGGGGUCUUCCCAACCCCAAAGCCCGACCAAAGCGACCUCAUUUGCCUGACAACGAUGAGAUCAUGCGCGAAGACUCCUGGGGAAGUGGUAGUGGAGACAAUGCCGACUCGCCCAUCAGUCCUGACCCUAACCCGGUCCUCGAUAUAGAUAUACCUGCACCCGACAAUUAG